AACUUGCAAUGGAGAGCAAAGGUCAGCUCUACCCCCGUUGCGAGGACACUGAGUCUGAUCGUAGUCCGGAAGAUUACGACAAUGGUUCAGUCGGUACGACGAACAAGCCAUCCAAACGGAAAUCAAGAAAAAGCAUCACGAAAAAGAUGCUUUUAGAGGAGUUAUCCUCCAUGCGACUAGAAUUGGACCAAUUACGGAACGAGAAAGAUGUGCUGAUGCACACUCUGACACGCUCGGACUCACAAACCCAAAUUGAACCAUCUCGCCCGAACACUGCUGAGUCUUUCGGUGCAGUAGGAGAUACACUUCUGACAAGUGUUAACAACAUGUCACUCAGUACGAUGAACAUACCAGAGUGCAUUCCAUCAGAUGGGGAAUCAGAUAUCGAUAAAAAGAGCUUUGAAUACUGGAAAAAUAUUCUCUUGGCGUCUUUGAACUUGAUCCAGGCGAACGACGAGUAUACGAAAAUGGACGUAUUUAAAAUCAAAGCUGGGUCAAAGCUUUUGGAACUGUUCCAAGGAACAAAGUCUUCAUUGGGUAUGCCAGAGGAGACAUCCCAACCAUUUUCAAAUGCACUCGCUCGAUUGGAUUGCUAUUUCGGCUCGAGAGCCUACACGCUUUCACAGCGUAGUAAGCUAUUGAAUAUUGUACAGCGGGCUGAAGAAACAAGCAUUCAAUUUGUUCGAAGAGUAGCUUCAUCUGCUAAACUCUGUGGAUACGAUAAAGAGGACGACGAGAUGGAAGCGAUAGCAAGAACCGUGAUCAAGAGUGCUACCGAUAAGCGCGUACGUACUCUGGCACAUCGUAAUUGGGUAAGACAAGGCUCGUUGAAUGAUUUGAUCGACUUGGUCCGGGAUCAUGAAACGGAACUAUCAAAUGAAGAAGAAUUUCAGAAGAUGCGCCAACCACAAAGAACGAUCUCGGUAGCUGCAAUAUCCACUGACGGUGGCCAACGUAAACAAUUUCAACGAAACUCUACAGGAAGAUUCUACAGUUCUUUCCGCGGAAAAGAAACAUCUUCUCGAGCUCCGAUGCGGAACCAACGUCCAAUGGCAAACACAUGUUGGCGUUGCGCGAGUAUUUACCAUGGCCCUGGACAAUGCCCUUGCAGAGAUAAGAUUUGCCAUAACUGCAAGCAACUGGGACAUCUAGCUCGUUGCUGCCCUUCUCAAAACCGUGGAAGAAUCGCCCCGAAACGAUUCGCUGAUGUGGACAACGAAGCUCCUCCUAGGAAAAUUGCAGCCAUUAAAAACGAAGAAAACGAUAAUGACAAUCUGGGUGAAUGUUUAGCACUUUACAUUUAA